AUUCUCUCGCGUUCUGAGGGCUUUCAUGACUCCUCCUGCUUACCGUAGUAAGACCGAAAGGGGCGGGACCGGCAUGGCGGCCAAGAUUCUGAAGUAUGCAGCUCUUCCUGCUGCUGUUGCAGUGGGUUUGAGCUCAUUCAGGAUUUAUUCCAUAAAUGAGAAAAUAAACGAGGAGCUAUUAUCUCCAAGAGAGUUGUCCAUCUACUCUCCAGAUGGUCCUGAGGUGCGCUUUGUGGAGGAACAGCCUGGUGUAGUGCAGACGGGGCUGGGGGCCGUGAGGGUGGGCCUGCAGCCGUACUUCAGAGCAGUGCAGAACACCUUCACUUCAGUCAAAGUCGGAGUGAUAUCAGUUUACCAUGCAGGGCAAGACUCCUAUCACUUCCUUCGAGAUCCACCUCCUGGCUUCCUGCCUAGAGUGGGUGUCAUCGGUGUGUCCGGAUUGGGUGGCCUGAUACUGGCACGCAAGGGCUCUCGUUUAAAGAAGAUAUUCGUUCCUCUUAGUCUGGCUACCGCUGGUGCUGCAGUCUGUUACCCCACACAGACCGUCGGAGUCCUGAAGAUUACUGGUAAAAAGGUGUAUACUGUCAGUUCGUCUGUUGCUUCAGUGUUUAAAUCCAAACCAAAGGAAGAUGUCACCAUGCCUGUUUUUAGUAUGGAGUCUGCUGCCGCUGUAACAAGCUCAGAUACAGAAGCACUUUCGUCCGAUUGUGAGCCGGCCUCUGCUGUUCCACAUCAGGAUGUCACACCAGUAACACAAGUUGUCCCAUCAGUGGAUUUAGCCCCAGUAACAGAUGUGUUAGAACCUCCUUCUGUUGUUGAUGUAGCGUCUGGAAACGCUGCCCCACUCUCUGAAUCUGAAUCUCCUCCUGCACCUGCUGUAGAAACUGCCCCUGAGCCUGUCCUAGAUGCACAAUCCAUCCCUGUUCCCGAGCCAGCAUCUUCUGCUGAAAUGGAUAUUACUCCUGUUGUGGAGUCUGAUCCUGAAAUUGUCCUAGAAGCUGCACCUACUGCCUCAGAACUUGAUGCACCUGCAGUUGUUAUAGAAGAGGCCACACCCUCAACUACACCUACUGUAGAGGAAACCACACCCCCUGAAGCUGCCAACUUAACCACAGCAGACGAAGAAGCAGUUUCUGUUGCCCUGCCCCCUGCUGAAGAAGCCAUUCCUUUGACACCUCCCCCAGCUGAGGAAGCCCCGCCUUCAUCUGAUCCUUCUGUAGAUGAGCCAGCCACAGUGAAGUCAGGUUUUGUUCCUGACCCUUCUCUGCUUGACCACGGCCAGUCUAAUCCAGAGGAUGCAGACAUGUACAGCACACGGAGCUGAACGAGUGACAGAGAAACUGCACAGAGAGAGAAAGAUGGAGCAUAUGAUGAGAUGUUUUAAUGUGCCAGGAUUCCAGCAGUGUUUGAUCACUUUGUGAUUAGGAUAUUUAGGUUUUACCGGUGAUGUGGAGGAAGGUAAUGCUACGGUUCUUUCUUUCUGUGCGGCCUCACACUUGUGAGAAUUUUCUUACCUCAGCAGGGAUAUCAAAUACACACACAAAGCCACAUUCUGUGUUCACACAUUAUCUAUAUUUUGUUGACACUAUGUAGGAAAAUCCAGGCUAACAGUAUUUGAAUAAAAAGCCUGUGGUCCUUUAGAUUAAUCUCCAGAUUUAUUUCUGACCUCAAUUCCUGUAGCAACAUGAAUUCUGUGCUCAUCUGAUACUGUGACAAAAUUACAUCUAAAACUGGACCACACGCACACACAAAACAACCUUUUUAUAUGAUCAAAAACAUUUGAUGCAUACAUUUUAUGUGGGUCAGGAGUAAAUAUAACAAGCCUGAUCUAAAUCUAUGAAAUUGGAAAUCUGCCUUAAUUUCUGAUAACAGCUGUUAAAUCUUGACCCAUUUGAAAAUAUUAGUUAACGGCACGCAUGUGUCUUUAGUUUCAAAACAUUUCAAACACAACUCUGGGAACUGCUUUUCAAUUGUGGGAUUGUCCAACACAAUUUUUUGGACAGUAUUUCUUAAAGGGCACUAACAUGUUUUUGUUAAAAGAUUUAAUUUAUGCUUUCUUUACAUAAAUCUUUAAUGCCUGUGCAACGGAAAAGCAUAAGAUAAAAAUAAAGGUAUUUAAAAAUA